ACCACGUGGCUUUUUGCGUCUCAAUAUGGUGAGUUGUAGUAAGAUGAUGUCACCGCUGCCCUCCCUCGUGCUGUUUAAACGCGAUGACGUCGUUGCAAAUGGGAGCACCGCUCAACGGUGGAAGCGCGCGCCUUUGACAACGGUCGCCACGGGAGACGGUUGCUAGGAGACGGGAGGACGCGCUCCCCUGGACCAGACGCACGUGCUCGCCUCAACGGGUUAACGGGCGAGUGACGUCAUCGCUGCCAACGACUUUAACGGCCGCAUUCGGUGCAUGGAUGCACACUGCAACGACGCUGCAAGCUCUCAAGCGCGCGCCUUGGCAACGGUCGCCAGGGGAGACGGUUGCUAGGAGACGGGAGGACGCGCUCUCCUGGACCACACGCAAACGGCAACGUCGCCAUUGCUCCGGACAAAGUUGGCGAAGGAGCCAUGCACCGACCGAAGCAGACCCUCACCAGCAGCACCAUGCUUCGCUGGUGCUGCUGCUGCUGCUGCUCGCUGCUGCCACUGCUGUUGCUGACCACCAAAACCAUCACCACCGCCGCCGCCACCACCACCACCACCACCGAUAGCACCUCCACCGCCUCCAGCGACGACGAGAGCAGCUCCCUCCAAUCGGGGCCCUGGGGCCCGUGGAACUGCAACUGCGCCGCGGGGUCCAUGAGCCGAGCUCGGCUCGUCGCCGUGGCCCCGGGGAGCGAGAGGCCUUCGGAGGAUGUCCUGGGCCUGGCAGGCUACCAGCGAGUGCCCUGCAACGCCCACGAGUGCAGAUGCAGCAACGGCGAGGGCGACUGCGCGGCGAUGCGAGAGUGCAAGUUGGGCACUGCCUGGAAGUGCGCGCGAGACGAGGUGAAGACUGCAGGCGCAGCACGAGGCGGGGCAGGAGGAGCAGCAGCAGGAGCAGGAAGGAACGCAGUGGCUGGAUUCUUCGGGAAAGUGGCGGGUUUCUUCCACAGGCCGAAAGGGAAGCAAGGGUGAAGGAGCAGCAGCAGCAGCACGGCUUCACUUCAGCGAGCCCGAGCUGUCCGGAGCUGGGCUCUGGAAUUGUAGUUACGUUGCCCUCCACCUGGAAAGAUAUCCACUUGCCUACCCCUGUAUUUGAAUUCACGUUGUCGUUUUUUUUCAUUUACCGAAAGUCCGGGUUUUGUUCUCUAUCUCUCUACAAUGCACGCACACAUAUAUCCACCACGCUUGUCUAUUUUUGUUUUGUUUUACUGGAACCUGAGUUUAAUGAAGAAACAAAAAAAUUAUUUCGAUGCCAGCACCGAAUUGGCACGGUGGCAAUUUUGACGCGUUCCGAAGACAAGGACGGAACGCGUCUCGUGCGUUCGCGAUUAGCUCGAGGUGGAUCGAUGCGAUUGGAUUGUCGAGAUUAGAUUCAACAAUGGGAUUACUUAAACAUAGCGAAGGACCGGCAGCUCAAUGCGGUAGCUCCACCAGGUAACGUGAGCCAUAUUACACGAACAUUGAUAUUUACGCACGCGACCCCCAUGCAUGUAUCGUGAGCUUAAGAGUUGAUAUCAGUGGACUCAAUCUAAUACACGUUUCCACUCUUAACAAAA